UUGCGGAGCGGAAAGCGACUUCAUUUGCCCCGGAAGUGCAAGGGUUGGGGUCGUACAGGUGUGGAUUCCGGCGGCGAGGCGGCUCUUUUCAAGAUGCCGGGAGCCGCGGUUAGGGGCUCUGAGUUGUACGAGAGCAUCGAGAGCUUCGUGGAGGCCCUGAAGCGGGACGGCGGGCGGCGCAGCUCCGAGGACAUGGCUCGGGAGACCCUGGGGCUGCUGCGCCGGAUCAUCACCGACCACCGCUGGAGCAACGCAGGGGAGCUGAUGGAACUGAUCCGCCGAGAAGGCCGGAGGAUGACGGCUGCGCAGCCCUCAGAGACCACGGUGGGCAACAUGGUGCGGAGGGUGCUCAGGAUCAUCCGGGAGGAGUAUGGCAGACUCCAUGGACGCAGCGAUGAGAGCGAUCAGCAGGAGUCCUUGCACAAACUCUUGACAUCCGAAGGCCUGAGCGAGGAUUUCAGCUCCCCUUAUGCCCAACUCCAGUCCAACAUCAUUGAGGCAAUUAAUGAGCUUCUUGUGGAACUCGAAGGGACUACAGAGAAUAUUGCCGCCCAGGCUCUGGAGCACAUCCACUCCAAUGAGGUGAUCAUGACCAUUGGCUUCUCCCGGACAGUAGAAGCCUUCCUCAAAGAGGCUGCCCGGAAGAGGAAAUUCCAUGUCAUCGUGGCAGAAUGUGCUCCUUUCUGUCAGGGUCAUGAAAUGGCAGUCAAUUUGUCCAAAGCAGGUAUCGAGACAACUGUCAUGACUGAUGCUGCCAUUUUUGCUGUUAUGUCAAGAGUCAACAAGGUGAUCAUUGGCACAAAGACAAUCCUGGCCAACGGUGCCCUGAGAGCUGUGACAGGAACUCACACUCUAGCACUGGCAGCAAAACACCAUUCCACCCCACUCAUCGUGUGUGCUCCCAUGUUCAAGCUUUCUCCACAGUUCCCUAAUGAAGAAGAUUCCUUUCAUAAGUUUGUGGCUCCUGAAGAAGUCCUGCCUUUCACAGAAGGGAAAAUAUGAUGAAUCUCAAGAAGGAAAUGGAAACAAGGCAUAUCAUAGUGAAAUGGCGGAACACCAAAGGCAAAGAGAAAAUCUUAGAAGCCACCAGAGAUAAAAUCACAUUACCUACAAAGUACUGAUAACUAGGUAGACAAUGGACUCCAUUGGCAUACAGAAUGUCAAAGUAAUGGAAAGUUCUCAAAACACUGAGGGAUAACAAUAUGGAAUUUUGUUUUUAGCUAGACAAUCAUGCAAGCGUGAAGGCAAAAUAAAGACAUUUUCAAAGACAGUUUAUCAUUUAUAGACUCUUAAUAAAAGAACUUUAAAAGAUUUUGGUAAAAAGAAAGCUGAACAUGGAAUGAACAGUCGGAUUCAAGGAGUAACAGUGAACAAAGACUGUGGUAAAUGUUUUGGUUAUCUAAGUAAAUACUGGCUAACCGCAUGCAGAAAAAUGAAACUGGACCGUUUCCUUACACCACACACAAAAAUAGACUCAAAAUGAAUGAAAGACCUCAAUGUGAGACAGGAAUCCAUCAAAAUCCUUGAGGAGAACACAGGCAGCAACCUCUUCGGCCUCAGUCACAGCAACUUCUUGCCAGACACGUCUCCAAAGGCAAGGGAAACAAAGGCAAAAAUGAACUAUUGGGACUUCAUCAAGAUAAAAAGCUUUUGCACAACAAAGGAAACAGACAAAAGCAAAAGACAACUGACAGAAUGGGAGAAGAUAUUCGCAAAUGUCUUAUCAGAUAAAGGGCUAGUAUCCAAAAUCUAUAAGGAACUUAUCAAACUCAACACCCAAAGAACAAAUAUUCAAUCAGGGUACUGGAACAGACAUUUCCCCAAAGAAGACAUACAAAUGGUCAAAAGACACAUGAAAAAAUGCUCAAAAUAAUUUGACAUCAGAGAAAUACAAAUCAAAACCAUGAUAAGAUAUCAUCUCACACCAGUCAGAAUGGCUAGAAGUAACUCAGGAAACAAAAGAUGUUGGCGGGUACGUAGAGGAAAGGGAAACCCUCUUACAUUGCUGGUGGGAAUGCAAGCUGGUGCAGCCACUCUGGAAAACAGUAUGGAGGUUCCUCAAAAAGUUAAAAAUAGAGCUACCUUACGACUCAGCUUUUGCACUACUAGAUAUUUACCACAAGAUACAAAUGUAGUGAUCUGAAGAGGCACCUGCACCCCAAUGUUUAUAGCUGCGAAGUCCACAACAGCCAAAGUAUGUAAAGUGCCCAGAUGUCUAUUAAUAGAUGAAUGGAUAAAGAAGAUGUGGUAUAUAUAUAUAAAAUGGAAUAUUACUCGACCAUCAAAAGAAUGAAAUCUUGCCACUGCCAAUGAUGUAGAUGGACCUAAAGGAUAGUAUUAUGCUAAGAAAAAUAAGUCAACAGAGAAAGACAAUUAUUUCCCUCAUGUGUGUAAUCUAAGAAACAAAACAGAGAAGCAUAGGGGAAGGAAGGGAAAAAUAAAACAAGAUGAAAUCCAAGAGGAAGACAAA